AAUUAUUUUGUUAUAUGGAUGCAUAGAUUGUGAACAAUAUGGAUCUAUUGUUCUUGAUAUUUUUGCCUUUCCUUGUCUGUACUGGAGGAAGAAGUAAAGAGAUUCCAAAACAGCAUUUGAAAGAAGAUGAAAGAAUAAAUAUUAAGCUUCUGGAGAGUUUAAAGACCUUGCAGAAAUAUUUGGAAGAGCUCAAGACCACAACCAAAAAAGAAAUUAUAUCAGAACCCGAAGAUGAACCAAUAUUUGGCCCUCACUAUCCCAUCAUAAAUGUACAAGAGCCUCCCAUGGAUAUCCCUGCGGAAGGAUUACAUGAUGAUCAGCUGGAUAUUCCUCACAAUAUGUUUUUCCAGCCUGUGCCAUUUUCAGAUAAGGCACAAAACGCUAGGAACUAUUUUGGAGUCAAAGAAUCCCAACCCAAAAGACAGCGGGAAAAAGUUCUGUUGAUAAUAUCGACUGUGAAUCUUCUGCUUUUGCUCAUGCUAACCGGGUGCUGCAUUGUAACCGUAUGGCUGCAUUCCAGGAAUGGCAGAAUGAAGCUUUUCUGCCGAAAGCAAAUGGCCUCCACAGUACCUUCCAGAAAUUUCCAAAAAGAAGAUAUAAAUCCAGUUUCCUUUUCAUCUAUAAUGAAUAUUGUGGAUGAGGCAACAUCAUAUUCCGAUGAAUCAGAGCGUGCACUGGAUCAAGGCCCUAAAUUAGCACCCAGUACUCCUCAUCCAACUAUCCAGCCACCCAGAAGCAGGCCAGAGCAAGCAGCAUAAAUUCCUUUCACUUA